AUGGACGACUAUGACGAGUUCGGCAAUUAUAUAGGACCGUUGUCGGACUCUGCGUCGGAGGCUGGGGACGUAGAGGAGGUGCUGGAGGCGGUGAGUUCUCCUUCGCCCGACACGCCGCCGCCGGAAGGCCAGCUCAUGCAGCUGGACGACGACGCGGCCAAUGCAGUGGUGCUGCAUGAAGACAAGGUAUACUACCCCUCUGCACACGAAGUGUACGGAGAAGAUGUAGAGACGAUUGUGCAGGAAGAGGAUACGCAACCGCUGACCCAGCCGAUCAUCGAGCCCGAAAAGGUGCGUGCGUUUGCUGUGGAAGAAGAAGGUCUGCCAGCGGUGCGCUACGACCGCACAUUUAUGCUCGACCUGAUGCAGUUUCCCGAGAUGGUGCGUAAUGUUGCUGUAGUCGGGCACCUUGCGCAUGGCAAGACUGGCCUGCUGGACAUGCUCGUGGAGCAAACGCACCACAUGCUCGUGGACGCGGACAAGCCGCAGAGGUACACAGACACGCACGUUUUGGAGCGCGAGCGUGGAAUGACGAUACGCUGCGGCCCACUGUCCAUGGUGCUACAGGAUACAUGCGGAAAGAGCUAUACAAUCAACCUCAUCGACACGCCCGGCCACCCCAACUUCCAGGACGAAGUCGCAGCGGCGCUGCACCUUGUCGACGGCGUUGUGCUCGUCGUGGACGUUGCAGAAGGCGUCAUGUGCACGACCGAGUCGCUGAUCCGGUUUUGCGUGCGCGAAAAGAUCCCCAUGACGCUUGUGCUCAACAAGCUGGAUCGCCUGAUCCUGGAGCUGCGCCUUCCGCCGCAGGAGGCCUACUUCAAGAUCCGGCACACGAUCGAAGCAGUGAAUAGCACCGUCGGCAAGUACGACCAAAACCCUGCGCUUCGCUUCGACCCCGGGCGUGGAAAUGUCGCAUUUGCCAGCACACAGACUGGCUGGGUGUUUACGCUGCGCUCUUUUGCGCAGAUGUACGCGCAAAGCGCGUCGCUCGACUCGGACGCAUUCGCCGCGCGGCUAUGGGGCAACAUUUACUACCACGCCGAGACACGCACCUUUUCGCGCAAGGCGCCGUCGCCCGACGCGCCGCGCUCGUUUGUUCAGUUUAUACUCGCGCCGCUGUACAAGCUCUACGCGCACGUCCUCUCCUCCGAAACCGCGUCGCUAAAAGCGCUCUUGAAACACCUGCGCAUCUUUUUGCCACCCGCGGCAUACAAGAGCGACGUGCGCCCAUUGCUCCGCAUGGUGAUGCACCAGUUCUUUGGCGACGCGACGGGUCUCGUCGACCUGUUUGUCUCGCUGCCCAGUGCGUUGGCCGGCGCCGCGCGGCUCGCAGCCAAAGCGGUGCCGUCGCCUUCACGCGCCUACACAGCCGCAGCAGCGUGCGAUGCACAAGGCCCUCUGGUCGUGCAAGUUACCAAGCUUUUCCCCACCAAGGACGCCGCGGCAUUCCGCGCGUAUGGGCGCGUUUUCAGCGGCACUAUUUCCAGCGGCGAUGCCGUGAAGGUGCUUGGCGCGACAUUUACGCAGGACGACGAGGAAGACAUGGUGUUGGAGCAUGUAGACGACCUUUGGAUCGCACACUCGCGCUAUGUCAUUCCCGCGCAGCGCAUCCCCGCCGGAAACCUUGUCCUCCUCGGCGGCGUGAGCGCGUCGAUUGUAAAAGGCGCCACGAUUUGCGCGCAGACAUUGCCGAGCAGCGAUACCUACCUGCUCCGGCCCCCUGUGCAGCUCACCGAGAGCGUGCUCAAAGUCGCUGUCGAGCCGUUGAACCCCUCUGAGCUGCCGCGCAUGCUCGAUGGCCUGCGCAAGGUGAACAAGGCAUACCCGCUGCUUGAGACGCGCGUCGAGGAGAGCGGCGAGCAUACCAUGCUCGGCACAGGCGAGCUGUACCUCGACACAGUCAUGCACGACCUCCGCGUCCUCUACAGUGAAAUCGAGAUCAAGAUCAGCGAUCCGGUCGUCAAGCUAUGCGAGACCGCCGUGGAGACGAGCGCCGUGCAGUGCUACGCCGUGACGCCAAACAAACGCAACAAACUCACCGUGAUUGCAGAGCCGCUGGAAAGCGGAAUCGCGGAGGAUAUCGAGCGCCACGCCAUCGACGUGCAUCUUCCUUUGCGGCAGCUCGCAAAAGUGUUCCAGGAGCGCUAUGGCUGGGAUGCACUCGCCGCGCGCAACAUUUGGGCGUUUGGGCCCGACGUGCACGGGCCGAAUAUCUUUAUAGACGAUACGCUCCCAGACGAGGUCGACAAGAAACAACUCUACCUUGUCCGCGAAUACAUCAAGCAGGGAUUCCAGUGGGCCACGCGCGAAGGCCCCUUGUGCGACGAACCGAUCCGCGGGAUCAAGUUCCGUCUUGUCCACGCAGAAAUCGCUCAGGAGCCCAUUCAUCGUGGCGGCGGCCAGCUGAUUCCGACUGCGCGCAGGGCAUGCUAUGCGGCGGCCCUGUUGGCCACACCGCGCCUUAUGGAGCCCAUCUUUUCAGCAGAGAUCCAAGCGCCGCCAGAAGCGGUCAGUGCUGUGUAUACUUUGCUUGCGCGCCGUCGUGGGCAUGUUGUGCAGGAUGUGCCCGAGGCAGGGACACCGCUGGUGACUGUCAAGGCGCUUUUGCCUGCCAUGGACGCGAAUGGAUUCGAGACGGACUUGCGUGUGCUGACGCAGGGACAAGCGUUUGCAUUGCAAAUGUUUGACCACUGGAGUGUCGUGCCGGGCGAUCCGCUGGAUACGAGCAUUGCGCUCCGCCCGCUGGAACCGGCGCCUGCAUUGGGGCUUGCGCGCGAUUUUGUGCUCAAGAUGCGCCGCCGCAAAGGCCUGUCUGAUACCAUUGCUGUGAGCUCGUACUUGGAGCACGAGAUGACUGUUGCACUUGCCCAAGCAGGACUGGAUAUUGUGCUGUGA